GUGGAAUGUUUUGAGAGUGUUUGUUUAGUGUGUGUCAACCAAACCAUCUGGCUGACCACUGGUGGUGUUUUCCCUUCAUCCUGUUUGAGGUUAUUUCAUCUUAAUAUUGACGGAAAACAUACACUUCAAGAGCAUAUGAUCAGAGUAUCAGGUUCACAUGUCAGAGGUCACAUAAGCACCUUGUGUUCUAUAGCUGAUGUUGGCAUUGCAGGUGCUUUUUACCAAUGCCAGUUUAACAGGUCAACUCUUUUUCAUAUACCUUUGGAUAUUUUUAGCAGUAAUAUACCAACUGAAGUCUGUGAAGUUGGCAUCUACCCUGGUAAGGUUUCAUCCGUCCUUGAAGUCACUGGCACACAGCAUUGGAUUGUGGGAUUGUCUAAAGACGAUGUUGUAUUUGGAAACCUUAAAUUGGGACAGAUUGUUAAGUGCAUAUCAUGGCCAACACCUUUCCCUGAAGCACCUGAAUGCCUAAAAGCUUCCACUGAAGGG